GGUGUAUCACCGAUAUGCCAUUUGCUCUUGAAACCGGUGGGAGAUAGCCUAUCGUAAAUAGGUAUCUCUCUAGCCGUCGAACAGGGGACGGACAAGUCAUAAAUCGAUCGAGUAAACCCGCACAUCUCUUAUCAUGGAUAUUCUCAGUUCUACCUAGCCCCACCAAGAAUGACGAGAUCGGGGAAACCUUGCUUGGAAAAGCAGCCACAAUUAGCAAUUUUUCAUAUCCUGCAGCCCUGAGAUGGGGACUCCUCAAAUUCAACGGUACAGCGCAUUGCUUUCUUGACGCCAGCUCAACUGGCAGCCUACCGGGUAGCUCCAAGGAAGCACGACAUGUGUACCAUUAGUAUUAUGCAAGGCGCCUUGCAAACCAGGGGUGGGUGUUUGAACAUGGCGAACGAAGACUGCAGAGCAACACGUUGUUUACCCCACCCUUAAGAAAUUUUCUUCUCUGUUUAUUUUUUUUUUUCGAACUGAAUAAUUUUCCUUGUUUGAUUCCUAGCCUCCGUCUCCAACUCCCUCCCUGAGCUUCCCGAUUCGCACCGGGGUGUAAAUUAACAAAGCGGCUGUGAAUUGUGACCUUGUCAGAAACCCUCUCACUCCCUUCCAUAGAAGCUCCAGCACACAGGCACGAGCCCGGCCGUUCAUUCCCGAGCCCACAGUUUUUUUUACUCCUUUGAUAACAAAGGGUACAAGCCAAGACGUGUAUCCUCGCAGCUUCUCGGCUCACGUCCAGCCUCGUCGGUCCGUUUGGUUGAGCCCCUGUUUGUGCCCGCAUCCAGACCAUUCUGCCAGCCCAUAGGUUCUGGUCUGACCACCCCAGAUUGCUUUUUUUAUCUUUUAUUCCUCUUUUUUAAUUUUCCCCUCCUAUCUUAUUAAAAGUUGCAGAUCCCCCCAAACUCUCUCUUCCCUCUUGCUUUCCACCAUGUCCUCCACCGAUCCCACCACAACCGGCCAAACCGCCCAAGAUGCCUCGCGACAGCAGCCCACCGCCGCCGCCUCCUCCUCCUCCGAACUCGCCAGUGCUAAGAUAACCUUGUACAAGGUGCUGCGGCGCUUUGCCGACUUCCCCAUCGAGGGCAUCGUCUUUAUUGACAUUAUGCCCAUCUUUAUCGACCCGAAAGCCCACCUCGCCCUCCUCCGCGCCCUCGAGCUUCAGGUCCUUUCGUCCUUUGCACCCGCUACCGCCAAGCCCGACGUCGUCGUCGGUCUCGAUGCGCGCGGCUUCCUGUUCGGCCCCUCGCUGGCCCUGAAGCUCGACGCUUCCUUUGUGCCCGUCCGCAAAAAGGGCAAGCUGCCCGGGCCCUGCGUCACGGCUACAUACGAGAAGGAGUAUGGCCAGGACUUUUUCCAGAUGCAGGAGGGUGCCAUCAAGCCAGGACAAAAGGUUCUGGUCGUGGACGACAUCAUUGCAACUGGUGGCUCGGCUGCUGCUGCUGGUGAGCUUGUCAAGAAGCUUGGCGGCGAGCUCAUGGGCUACUUGUUCCUCCUCGAGAUUGCACCUCUCAAGGGAAGGGAAAAGCUCGGUGGCGUCCCCGUAGUCACUUUGCUCGAGGAGGCCGACUAUCCCCACUAAAUAUCACGCAGGAUUGCGGACUGCGUCAAGCCGAACAAAAGAACCUGCAUCGUUUCGACAAGUUGCGUCAAGAACGCAAGCUUUGUUGCCUAUACGGCGGGUCGCGGCAGCAUCGGAAUUUUUCUUCGACUCCAUAAAUAGUCAGUUUCAACACUGCUAGCCUGUGCAGACAGGUAUAUCUGCUAUGGAUAAGGCAUUCAACUUGGCGUUGGGAGUUUGUUAAGAUUAUGAGAAGCCGGUUUGGAUCUAUGGUGGGCAGUUAUAUACAGGUUCUAUGAGGGGCUCAUAUGACUUUCACAGAGAUGUUAUCAUCUCUCCUGAAUUCGAGGCCCUUUCUGUGGCCAGAGAAAGCAAGAUACAUCCCGGAUUUUCAAGCUGUUGAUAGCAUAGUUAUGAAGAAGUACAAGUCCUAGAAAAGGCAUAUUUUGGACAUGAAGAGUCCGCUAAGCAUUUCUCACUAUCUGGCAGAAUUAACCAGAAAACAAAAGCAAAAAAAUUACAGCAUCAUACUGCCUAUGUAUCUUGAGCUCCUGGUACCUGCCUACGGGUACAUAUGAAUGUGGAGCCCCGCCUUGCACUGAAUAUUUUAGCUAUCUAAAGGGGCAGGUGGGGGUUGAUACAUCCAAGAAGAAAAAAAACAGAAG